CAAUUGCUUCUUGAUAUUCAAUUUUUUUUAUUUUUCACUUUAAAAUCUUCUCACGUGAAAAUGUCAAAAAAAAAAAAUAAAAAAAAUUCUAGCGGUAAAAAAAUUAUUUUAGUCUAAGAUGAUCAUCUCAGUACUGAUCAAUCAAUUAACUAACUAUCGACCAUAUAAAUAUAUAAGAAAUCAUGUCAUUUCAAGCAUUAGGAGUUGCGAAAUGGUUAGAUGAGGCAUUAGCCGCCAUGAAAAUAAACAACCCAACUGCUAUUCAAUCAGCUUGUAUACCUAAGAUCUUAAAGGGUCAUGAUUGUAUUGGUGGAGCUAAAACUGGUAGUGGUAAAACUAUAGCAUUUGGUUUACCAAUGUUAUCACAGUGGUCUGAAGAUCCAUUUGGAAUCUUUGGAUUGGUAUUAACUCCAACUCGUGAAUUGGCUUUACAAAUUGCUGAACAAUUUGCUGCUUUAGGUAGUGCUAUGAAUAUUAGAGUUAGUGUUAUUGUGGGUGGUGAAGAUUUUGUUCAACAAGCUAUUAAUUUAAAGAACAAACCUCAUUUCGUCAUAGCUACUCCCGGAAGAUUAGCAGAUCAUAUUUUGAAUAGUGGUGAAGAAACUAUUGAAGGAUUAAAAAGAAUCAAAUAUUUAGUAUUGGAUGAAGCUGAUAGAUUAUUAAGUAAUAGUUUUGGUAGUGAUUUAGAAAGAUGUUUUUCAGCAUUACCAAGUUCAGAUGCAAGACAAACUCUUUUAUUCACUGCUACUGUUACAGAUGCAGUUAGAGCAUUAAAGGAUAAACCUACCCCAAAAAAUAAACCACCAGUUUUCAUUCAUGAAGUUGAAAAUAUUGAUAAUAUAGCCAUUCCAUCCACAUUAGCAUUAAAAUAUGUAUUCGUACCGUCAUAUGUCAAAGAAGCUUAUUUAAACAGUAUAUUAAGUUUACCAUCAUUUAAAGAUUCUACUUCAAUUAUAUUUGUGAAUAGAACUUAUCAAGCAGAAGUAUUAAGAAGAAUGUUAAGAAAAUUAGAUUUUAGAGUUGCAUCAUUACAUUCAGAAAUGCCUCAAUCAGAAAGAACCAAUAGUUUACAUCGUUUCAAAGCUGGUGCAGCUAAAGUAUUAAUUGCAACUGAUGUUGCUUCAAGAGGGUUGGAUAUACCGACAGUGGAAUUAGUGAUAAAUUUUGAUAUUCCUGCUGAUCCAGAUGAUUUCAUUCAUAGAGUUGGUAGAACUGCAAGAGCAGGUAGAAAAGGUACAUCUAUAUCAAUUAUUGCUGAAAAGGAUAUUGAUAGAAUAAAAUCCAUUGAAGAAAGAAUCAAUACUGAGAUGACUUUAAUUGAAGAAAUUGAUGAUGAUAAGGUUAUAAAGGAUUCCUUAACUGCAUCCAGUGUUGCUAAGAGAGAAUCAUUAAUGGAAAUGGAUAAACAAAAUUUCGGUACUAAGAGAAAGAUUAAUAGACAAAAGAAAGGUGAUAAAGUUGAAAAACCAAGUCAUAAUAAGAAGAAAUAAAUGAAAUGAAUGUUUAUG